CCUUCUCGCUGAGGUGCCGCUGGCUCCAAGGCACGACAGUUUAGUGUGUUCCUUUCCCUGAACGUGCAACCUUUCCCAAGGUCACAACUCACCAGCCGCUCAGUCUUACUCAAGCACCAUCGCACUCAUUUGUCACUUCCCAUCCAAUCCAACAUGGCGACCCGAUGGGGACUCUGUGGUGCGGGGAAGAUCAGCCAUGACUUCAGCGUGGCCAUGAAGACUCUUCCACCUGGAGAUCACCAGAUAGCAGUCAUUGCAUCGAGGAGCCUGGAACGUGCCAAAGAGUUUGCCAACAGGCAUGGUAUUCCUAAGGCUUACGGCAGCUACGAGGAGCUGGCCAACGACCCGGACAUUGACAUGGUGUACGUGGGAGUGCUGCACACAGAGCACUGGAGGGUGGGUCUGCUGUUCCUCAAAGCCGGGAAGAACGUGUUGUGUGAGAAACCUUUCGCCAUGAACUCCAGGCAGGUGAAAGACCUCGUCGCCACAGCCAAGAAAAACAAUGUCUUCCUCAUGGAGGCCAUCUGGUCCCGCUGCUUCCCCCUGUACGCUGAGGUGCGCAGGCUGCUGGCGGAGGAGGCGGUCGGGGAGGUGAAGCUGGUGAAGGCCUACUUCGGCUCCCCACAGCUCCACAUCCCCCGCUCGGUGGAGAAGGAGCUGGGAGGCGGCGCACUGCUGGACAUCGGAGUGUACUGCCUGCAGUUUGUGCUGAUGGUGUUCAACGGAGAGAGGCCGGAGUCCAUCCAGGCCACAGGGGUGCUGCUCGACUCAGGAGUGGAUGAGUCAGUGGUUGUUGUGAUGAAGUUUUCCAGGAACAGGAUGGCCUUCUGCACAUUUUCAAUUGCUGUCCGACUUCCCAACGAUGCUGUCAUCGCCGGCACUAAGGGCUCCGUUAAAGUUCUUGGCCCCAUGCACUGCCCUACCACACUCGUAGUGAACGGCAAAGAGUUGGAGUACCCGCUGCCCGAACCUGACCUCCCUCUGAAUUUCGACAACAGCACCGGGCUUCGCUUUGAGGCAGAGGAAGUGAGGCAAUGCCUGCUUAAAGGACUUAAGGAGAGCCCACGGAUGCCUCUGGCAGACUCGGUCUUACUGACAGAGAUCAUGGAUGAAAUCAGGAAGCAGGUGGGAGUUGUCUUCAGUCAGGACAGCCAGUAACAUCACUCUGAAGAUGGGAUGUUUCACCUGCCCUAAACCAACUCAGACGGAACAGAGUUAAAUCUUUGGUAUUAGCAGAUCACUCAUGGCACCGUGUGACAACUGUGACCUGGAUAACAAACUGCUGCCACCAAAUGAAUAUACAAUCGGUAUAUUAUUAAAAAAAAAUGUAAAUCUUGGAUGGCUUUAUUAAGGUCUGUUUUCAUCUAAAUGCAUCUUUUAGACACAUUGGAGCUCCAUACAUUGUAAUUUCCCCCACGAUUGAUCAUAUUUGAUACACAGUACACGACAAAAUGUGACACUGUCAGUUUAAAAAUGUCCUAAACCAGAUAAAUCACCAUGUAAACAACCCUUGUCCUGUAAUCAAGUUGUAGAGUCUUACCAAAACAAACCCAUCUGUCAGUGCGGGCUGUGUGAUUGAUGAAUCCAAUAAAGGAAUGAUUGUGAAAGACUUGUUUCA